ACAACUUGAUUAAUCUUCGUCAAAUUUCUAAGCUCACUAAAGAUUCAAAUUUACCAAAGUUUAACUCUAAAACUAAAAGUUCUCAGGUAAAACAUACCUAGUUCGCUUGUUUGUUUGUGAUUACUAUUGGUUCAGACAGAACCUUGAAACUUGCUGAUUGAUGCUGCUUAAUCUUUAUUGCUUUUGAAGGCUGUUGAUGAUUCUAUACCCGAGAUAGAAAAAAUACAAGCAAAAAGCUACAUGUUGCAUGCAGAGAACAGGGUUAGCUUUGAAAUGUUCUUUAGCAAUGUUGGACGGCAUCGUUACGGUUUUAGGGUUCAAUUAGAAACUGUAAAAAACAAAAAAGAGUUUAUCAUAUUCAGCCUACCUGCAAUUAUCUCCAUGUCAAUAAUCAUCGCCGCCAUUAUUUCGCACGAGUUGGAUUUACUAGAAGCUAGACAAGCUCAUGACCUCUCAAUUACUCCAAACCAAAUCGUCAAGGAAAAGGACUUGAGGUAUGAACAAUUGGAAAAGCAGAACGAAGAGACUCGUCAUUCGAUCACCCUCCUACAACAAUUCAUGGAGAAGCAAUUUCCGGGAUCUUUUCCGCCAUCGGCCUGAUCUUAACUAUAUGUAUUUCUCUUUCUCAAACUAUAUUUUA